AUGACAAGUCCUAAUUCCAUUCUUCAUGGAGGUUACCACCAUCCACUCUCUCGUUCAUGGCAAUCAGAACGUACACUUACAAAAGAUAUGCUCAUGUAUCCCAUCUUCAUUACUGAUGACCCUGAAGCACUUGAUUCUAUUGAUUCCCUUCCAGGACAAUACCGUAUUGGCAUUAACAAACUUCAUAACUUUAUUGAACCCUUGGUCAAAAAGGGGCUCAAGUCUGUCAUUCUAUUUGGUGUCCCUUUGAAAGAAAAUGUCAAGGAUGCAACAGGUUCACGUGCAGAUGAUCCCGAAGGUCCUACAAUAUUAGCUGUUAAAUUAUUACGCAAGGAAUUUCCUGAACUCUUUGUAGCUUGUGAUGUCUGUCUCUGUGAGUAUACUUCACAUGGACAUUGUGGUAUCUUGCGUGAAGAUGGUACACUCAAUAAUGAUUUAUCUAUUAAGCGUAUUGCUGAAGUUGCUGUCAACUAUGCAAAAGCGGGUGCUCAAUCUGUUGCUCCCUCUGACAUGAUGGAUGGCCGUAUUCGUGCCAUUAAAGAGGGAUUGAUGGAAGCAGGACUUGCUCACAAAGUUAUGCUAAUCUCUUAUUCUGCUAAAUUUGCUGGUAGUUGGUAUGGACCCUUCCGUGAUGCAGCCAAUUCGGCUCCUGCCUUUGGUGACCGUCGCUGUUAUCAACUUCCUGCUAAUGGUCGUCGUUUAGCUCGUCGCGCAAUCAAACGUGAUAUGGAAGAAGGUGCUGAUUGUAUUAUGGUUAAACCAGGUAUGCCUUAUCUUGAUAUUGUAAGAGAGGCUAGUGAAAUUGCUACAGAUUAUCCCAUUUCUGUCUAUCAAGUCUCUGGCGAAUAUUCUAUGCUUUAUCAUUCUGCAAAGGCAGGUGUAUUUGAUUUAAAGACAAUUGUAAUGGAGUCUAUGACCGGCUUCCUUAGAGCUGGUGCUACACUUAUCUUGACUUAUUUUACACCUGAAUUGUUAACCUGGUUAGGUGAAGAGAGAAACUAAAAAAAAAAAAAAAAAAAAAA